AUGGCCAAAAGUCGGAAUAUUUCGCUCCUUGAAUCAGGUAAGGCGAAUUUAGUUUCCUAAUUCAUUGCUUAAAUUAUAAAUAAAGCUUGAUUUAAUUGAUAUCCAAUUGUGUUUACUAUUUUCUUCUAUUCACUUACAGAGCUAUAUUACCUAAUUUCACGUUUUCUAACAACGGGUCCAUGUCAGAGAGCGGCUGAGGUAAACUGGCGUGCCUUAUUGACAUAAUUUCUUACUAUUCAAAAUUGUUGGCGAAUAGUUCAUGAAAGCAACACAUUCGAAAAACCUAUUUUUGCAUCUAUUGCAGGUUCUAGCGAGCGAACUAGAAGAAUAUCAGGUGUGUAUUCCGGCAGCAGCGGCGUUCUGCCGUCGGUGUAUGUAGCUAGCUAUCCCGAUUGGACUGGAACGUAGAACUUGUCUCACUCACGAGUUUUAAGGCUUCUCUGACCGCCUCACUUGUUUGACAUCACACGUUUUUACUAACUUAAUUUCUGGCAGUAUUUCUAGCAUAUUGAGUGUUGUGAUUUACACUAACACGCUCCUUUUUUGAUAGCUAUUGCCUUGCAGAUUAGACUGGCAAGGAAAUGAACAUCCAAGAUCUUACGAACAUUUGGUAAGUCUAUAAUCUAUAGAUGUAAAUUAAUUGUCUAAUAUCUGUUAUUGUUGAAUGACAGCCACGAUGUGUGUCCAUGCUUGGGCCAUUUACUCUUUGUUCUAUUCAGAUGUAAUCGUUGUUACAUUCUUGUUACAUAAUAACCUGAUUUUAACUUUUACCGGUAUGUAGGAUGGCUUAUUUUUGUAUGUCUCGAAAGCUUGACACUGUAGUAUAGAAACACAUUUGAUAGAGCAUUUAUAAAUGUGUCUGUUGUACUGCAGAUAGGGUGGGGACUCUCGGGGUUCUGGCUACGUCAGGACACCACUGUUGACCAAUCCACGUCCUAGAAAGGCUGUCGUUGCGUUAUUUUCCUUGUGACCUGUGUUGUGAUUCGUCGGUUGAAGAAUGUGUUUUACAUAAAGCGUUCUGCACACAAAUAAUAUAGCACACUGGUGGAAUGAGAUCAGAUGUACAUGAAGAACCCAAGUUAUGUCAGUGAUAUUUAUUUGCGCCUAGAAAAAGAAAGAAUUUAUAUUAUCUUACCGUGCCAUGUGCCACUGGCUGACAGUGUACAGAAAUAUUAGACAGAAAGACUAUGAUGAUCUCAAUAAUAAAUAGACAAUGUGGUUGCAGUACUGUAGUUUCAUGAUUCCUGCUGUCAUCAUUAUUAUUAUUUUUUAAAUUUUAGUAAUUUAGUAGAUGCUCCAGAAUGACUUACAGGAGCAAUUAGGGUUUGCUCAAGGGCACAUCGACAGAUUUUUUUAACCUAGUCGGCUCGGGGAUUCUAACAAGCGACAUUUCGGUUACUGGCCCAAUGCUCUUAAUAGCUACCCAACCUAUAAAUGUACAAAUGUUGGGAUAGCUUGAUUGAAGAAAGAACAAAGCAUGCAUAAUGGUUUAACAAUGAAAGUUGGAUGAGUCAUACUGCUCAUCAUCAACACUUAUGUUUGAUCCCAUAGGUUGCAGCCAACAGACACAUUUCACCUGACCAUUUGCUGCAGAUCUGUAAGCAGAUUGGGCCGAUUCUGGACAAAGAGGUGCCAUCAUGUGUUCCAGGUGUACAUUCCCUACUGGGAACCGGGAGGCAGUCCUUACUCAGAACAUCAAAGGGUGCAGAACUUUACAUGUAUAUUGUCUGAGCGUGACUUCUAAAUGUAUACAUCAGCAACUAUUCGUUCUGAAAUCGAAUUGUAAAAUGAAAUGAUUAAAUUACUUACUUCUUUCCACCUCUUCCAGAUUACGGCAAUGUUCGGAGGAAAGGCUCAUCAUUUGCUGCCCUGCACAGAGGGAGACCACCAGAGAUGCCUUUGACCUGCAAGGAUCCUCCAAAUCUAGGUAUUCCCUGACACAGGAUUGACAUGUUCACACAUUAUUAUUUUCUAUUUAUGCCGGUACUGUAAAUUCAAUGUGUGCGUAUAACUCAACACAUUCUGUGUUAUUUUCUGUUAACAUGUUUGGACUCUAAAUCAUAGUGUUUUGUCCUUCACAGUGGAGGUGUACAGAGGAAGGGAGCUAACAGGUACUCAACAGUUCAGCACUGUGAACCCUGUAAGCAACUAUCAGCACAUGCGGAUGCACAGGAGGAUUCUGGGUCAUCUGUCUGCAGUCUACUGCAUCGCUUUUGAUCGAACCGGUCUCAGGAUUUUCACAGUGAGUUUUGUCAUGAUAAAGAUCAUGUUCUUGGGGGAAAUCAUGUUAGGUGGUAUACCCGAGGCUCAUCACUUUAUCUACCUUAUCAAACCCAAUUUCAAGGGCUCGGACGACUGCUUGGUGAAGAUAUGGUCUUCGUUUGACGGGAGGCUUCACUCCACCCUGCGAGGACAUUCUGCUGAGAUCUCAGACCUGGCUGUCAGCUUUGAGAAUACCUUGAUGGCGGCUGGCAGCUGUGACAAAACCAUCCGAGUGUGGUGCCUUCGUACCUGUGCCCCUAUGGCUGUCUUACAGGGGCACAGUGGAUCCAUUACCUCCCUACAGGUAGGAGCUUCCAUAUUCCUCCAACACCCUUAUGUUUCUAUCUGACAUGUUAGCCGGGCAAAUAGUAUGUAAGCUAAUGCUGUCCACAGUUUUGCAAAUGUAGGACACCAUGCAAAAGUGUAAUGUGAUAACUGCAUUCAGCACUUUUUAUCUCAUGAUGUACAUACUAAACCUGAUCGCUUCAGAAACUCACAUUGGACUACUAGUGUGAUUGCUCUCUGUACUGUAGACAUCCCUCAGUAUAGAUGUGGGUGCAUAAGUCUGUGUGUCUGGAACAGCAUUUAACUUUGUGAAUUACAUCUGUCCUCAGUUCUCACCAUUUGCCAAGGGCUCAAAGAGAUACCUGGUGUCCACUGGAACUGAUGCAACAAUCUGCUUUUGGCAGUGGGAUGUCAAUAACAUCAAUUUCAGGUGAGUUUCAACUACUGGUAAUUUGAUCAAGAUGAUAAUUGCACCCUGAAAAUUACAUAAUAAGUCUGAAACAUUUACACUCUUGUUUGGAAAGUGAUCGCCCGCAGAAGUUUACAGAACGACCCAGGCCGGGAGUUCAGAUGGUGUGCUCAUCAUUCAGUCCAGGUAACGAUGUCAAGAUAGCAGUUUUGUGUAAAAGAAUACUUUGGAUCUUUAAAUACAUUUCUACAAAUUGAUCAUACAGUACCUAUUACACUAACCAUAGCUGAUACAAUUUUCAACAGAAGUAUUGAUCCAACUUUUUACCUCACCAACUGUUACAAGUACAAGUUAUUUUAACAUGGGUAUACAGAGGCUCUGAACCAAAUUGAGAUAAAUUGAUAGUUUUUUUGUUUUAUUAAACAUUUUAGGUGGCAUGUUCUUAGCGACGGGAAGUACUGACGAUGUCAUCAGGAUAUAUUACCUGGGAGGUGGGAACCCUGAAAAAAUAUCAGAGCUUCAUGAACACACGGUAAGAUCCCUUGAAAAGCAGAUAACCCAUCACAUAGCAGCGAACAGCUGAACACAAGGAAAGAAUGAGUUCCUAAAACAAAUAAUCAUUAAAUCUAUUCAAGCUAUAAUUUACAACAAAUACAAACAACGUUGAUGUAAUAUUCUAAUCAUUGUUGUCAAUAUAUGUUCUCAUUUUUAGGACAAGGUCGACAGCAUCCAAUUUUGCCACUCAGGAGAAAGGUAUGAUCAAUGUCACCUUAACCCAACAGUUUUUCUUUAAGGAUUCAUGAGGAUUGUCUAGAGUUCAUUGUCUUGGUUUGCCUCGUCUCGUAGGUUUGUGAGUGGCAGUCGAGAUGGCACAGCACGCAUCUGGAGGCUGACUCAGCGUCAGCAGUGGAGGAGCCUUCUUCUCAACAUGAACGCCACUCUACCAGGGUAAGGAAUGAACAGCUUGACGGCACCUUUACAUACACCUACACAUACUUGUAUCUGUUUUCCUCCUUUCAUAUCAACUUUCUCUUCAGCUCGGAACACGCGACCGAUGAGGAAAGCUUUUUCAAGCCCAAGGUCACCAUGGUAGCGUGGGAUCGCCAUGACAACUCAGUAAUCACAGCAGUCAACAACCAUAUCCUCAAAGUGUGGAACUCCUACACGGGCCAGCUGCUACAUAUCCUUAAAGUAGGAGCAACCGCAUUAUCUUACAUUCUAUUUUCAUGAACAGUGCGUUCUCACAAAGAUAGCUGAGGACAUUUUGUAUCUGUGACUACUAGUAGUGUAGAUCAAUUUCUAUAUAAAUAAUUGUUGAGGGAUAGUCCUAGAUUCCUUGGUCAGGAGGACAUUAUAGUUGUUCUACUGUUUUUCCCCUUGCCACUGCUUGUCACUGUAAGCAUGCUUUCCAGGAGCGUUUCCUGAAAUUGUUUUGGCAAGUGACUUGGUAAAACAGCAGAAUACCUUCAGACAGUGAGUUGACCUGACAGCUGUGUGAUGUUCUCUGCAGGGCCACGAGGCUGAGGUGUUUGUCCUGGAGCCCCACCCCUCAGACCCCAGGAUCAUGCUUUCUGCUGGCCACGACGGAAACGUCUUCAUCUGGGACCUCGUCCGGGGCACAAAGACACAGCACUACUUCAACAUGGUGAGGAGGAGCCACGCACCACAGAAGACCUAACAGUAACAUCCAUUCUCUCCAACUAUGACUGACUCUAUCUUGGUUGCUCCGUCUCCCCUACAGAUUGAGGGCCAGGGUCAUGGUGCUGUCUUUGACUGCAAGUUCACUCCCGACGGCCAGCGCUUUGCCUGCACAGACUCCCACGGCCAUCUGGUCAUAUUCGGCUUUGGGAGCUCCAAGCCAUACGAGAAGGUAAGGAUGGAGCUCCUACUACGUCUAUACAUAGGAAAGAGUCCUCUAUUCAAUGGUUUGAGAUGACAUCCCAGUGAGAUUGUCUGUCUUUGUCCAGCUUCCAGAUCAGGUGUUUUUCCACACUGACUAUCGGCCACUGAUUCGGGACGCCAACGGCUUUGUGUUGGAUGAGCAGACCCAGCAGGCACCCCACCUCAUGCCCCCUCCCUUCCUGGUGGAUGUGGAUGGGAACCCCCACCCCCCCAGAUACCAGCGGCUGGUCCCCGGGAGGGAGAACAUUGCAGACGAACACCUGGUGCCUCAGCUGGGAUAUGUCGCCACAAGUAUGUGAACUAGCCUUUGAGGCAGUUGUAAGGCGGUAUGAUCCUGGUGUUUAUUGGACCAGUACAACUCCACACUAAAAGAGCAGUUGGGCACGUGUGUUUGUGUGGAUGGGUGGGUUUUGUUUGUCCAUUGCAACUACCAUCUGUUUCUCUGAGAAUUUGUGAGUGGGUGGGUGGGUUACUUAAGACCCUUGCCACUACCUCACACUGUGUCCAUGUCGUCCCCCUCAGGUGAUGGCGAGGUUAUGGAGCAGGUGAUCAGUCAGCUGACCACGGACCACGAGGCGGCCACGGCCAGACGCAGCAUUCUGGACGACACCAUCAGGCAGCUGCAGGAGCAGCAGGACAGGCAGAGCAGACAAGGGACAUUGGCCCCAGCACAGGCCCCAGCGUUCUCAGCCCCCAGCACCCCACGCAGAAGUACCACAACACACCCACACUGUCAGUUCUACUAGCAGUAUUGUGUGGUAGCAUGCAAGAUAACAACAUGUUCCUAGCUCUUUUCCUUUCCACAAGCUACCAUUGCUCUUGGGCAUCCUCAAAUACUUUGUAUUCCUAUAUGUUAAUGGUCAAUGACUCCAUUGGAAAUGGAAAAUACUUUUUGGGUCCUGGACAAGCAGUCAUGUUGUGUUCCCUCCUCUCCCGCUCUGUACCCAGCGUCAGUGAAUGAGCGAAGUGCAGCUGAGGUGCAGUCGUCCCCUAACGUGGGUCUGCGGCGCAGUGGGCAGGUGGAGGGGGUGAGACAGAUGCACCAGAACGCCCCUCGCAGCCAGAUGGCCACAGAGAGGGACCUGCAGGCCUGGAGACGCAGAGUGGUGGUACCUGAGCUCUCAUCCAGCGGUUACAGGUGAGACAGCCAUCCCUCUAUUCCUCAAACAACAAGGGGAGAUCGUCUGUAUAGUUGGUUAUAUAAGACAAAGGAUGUCAUGUUCUGUGCCUUGACUUUUUCCACAUUUUGUUAGGUUACGGCCUUAUUCUAAAAUUGAUGAAAUUGUUUUUUUCCCUCAUCAAUUUACACACAAUACCCCAUAAUGACAAAGCAAAAACAGAAAUAUGACAUUUACAUAAGUAUUGAGACCUUUUACUCAGUACUUUGUUGAAGCACCUUUGGCAGUGAUUACAGCCUUGCGUCUUCUUGGGUAUGACGCUACAAGCUUGGCACACCUGUAUUUUUGGAGUUUCUCCCAUUCUUCUCUGCAGAUCCUCUCAAGCUCUGUCCGGUUGGAUGGGGAGCGUUGCUGCACAGCUAUUUUCAGGUCUCUCCAAAGAUGUUUGAUAGGGUUCAAGUCCGGGCUCUGGCUGGGCCACUCAAGGACAUUCAGAGACUUGUCCCGAAGCCACUCCUGCGUUGUCUUGGCUGUGUGCUUAGGGUCAUUGUCCUGUUGGAAGGUGAACCUUCGCCCCAGUCUGUGGUCCUGAGCGCUCUGGAGCAGGUUUUCAUCAAGGAUCUCUCUUUACUUUGCUCCGUUCAUCUUUCCCUCGAUAGUCUCCCAGUCCCUGCCGCUGAAGAACAUCCCCACAGCAUGAUGAUGCUGCUGCCACCACCAUGCUUCACCAUAGGGAUGGUGCCAGGUUUCCUCCAGAUGUGACGCUUUGCAUUGAGGCCAAAGAGUUCAAUCUUGGUUUCAUCAGACCAGAUAAUCUUGUUUCUCAUGGUCUGAGAGUCUUUAGGUGCCUUUUGGCAAACUCCAAGCUGGCUGUCCUGCCUUUUACUGAGGAGUGGCUUCCGUCUGGCCACUCUACCAUAAAGGCCUGAUUGGUGGAGUGCUGCAGAGAUGGUUGUCCUUCUGGAAGGUUCUCCCAUCUCCACAGAGGAACUCUAGAGCUCUGUCAGAGUGACCAUCGGGUUCUUGGUCACCUCCCUGACCAAGGCCCUUCUCCCCCGAUUGCUUAAUCCUCUGAGCUCUACGGACAAUUCAUUUGACCCCAUGGCUUGGUUUUUGCUCUGACGUGCACUGUCAACUGUGGGACCUGAUAUAGACAGGUGUGUGCCUUUCCAAAUCAUGUCCAAUCAAUUGAAUUUACCACAGGUGGACUCCCAUCAAGUUGUAGAAACAUCUCAAGGAUGAUCAAUGGAAACAGGAUGCACCUGAGCUCAAUUUUGAGUCUCAAAGCAAAGGGUCUGAAUACUUAUGUAAAUAAGGUAUUUCUGUAUUUUGUAAAAAAAAAAAAAAAGGGCUAACAUUUCUACAAACCUGUUUUCGCUUUGUCAUUAUUUACAUUUUAGUCAUUUAGCAGACGCUCUUAUCCAGAGCGACUUACAGUUAGUGAGUGCAUACAUUUUUCACACUGGCCCGCCGUGGGAAUCGAACCCACAACCCUGGCAUUGCAAGCGCCAUGCUCUACCAACUGAGCUACAGGAGGCCUUAUGGGGUAUUGUGUGUAGAUUGGUGAGGAAAUUGUUUCAUUUAAUCCAUUUUAGAAUAAGGCUGUAACGUAACAAAAUGUGGAAAAAAGUCAAGGGGUCUGAAUACUUUCUGAAGGCACAGUAUAUAAACAAGCCUACUCCUAAAUGGUUAAUCUCUAGAACAUUAUUUCUGAAAUGCAAGUUGAAAUGAAAAGUGUAAAUUAUCUUAUAGUUGCCAGGAUGACUUCCGAAUUACAAAAGGAGAGGAGGAGAUUGCCUUAUACAAUGCAAAGAAACGACGUGUAACAUAUAGCAGUUGUAGAGUAAGUAGACCAAUUUUUUUCAUUUAAAAAUCAUGACUGACCACAGGAAUUGUUAAAUGAUACUGACCUCAUACCUGCAUUUCUGCUUUGCUUCUGCCUCAGGAUGAUUCUGAAGAUGAACUGCCUUGCAUUAAACGAGCACAGUCCCGCAUAAAGCAAAAAGUAUUCCAGCAGAGCAGAGAUGGCAUUGUGGAGGAAUUAAUCGAGUUUUCCUGUGAGGAGGGAGAGGAGACCGCAACAUCAGAGGUACAUUCUAUGUGAUAAGAAAUAUGCUUUUGACAUGUCCGUUAGAGAAUAACAAGCUAUUUGGUAUAUUGGUGAAAGUGGUAAAUCUUGCGAUCUCCUUCCCCUCCUCUAGGACCAUGAGAUGGAGGGCAGUGAACUGGAUUCAUCCAAUGAGGAAGAGGAAUGGAAAAGUGACAGUUCAAGGUACAGAUGAGCUCUUUGCUUCUCUUGAUUCCCUACAAGAGGUACAGUGGGGAAAAAAAGUAUUUAGUCAGCCACCAAUUGUGCAAGUUCUCCCACUUAAAAAGAUUAGAGAGGCCUGUAAUUUUCAUCAUAGGUACACGUCAACUAUGACAGACAAAUUGAGAGAAAAAAAAUCCAGAAAAUCACAUUGUAGGAUUUUUAAUGAAUUUAUUUGCAAAUUAUGGUGGAAAAUAAGUAUUUGGUCACCUACAAACAAGCAAGAUUUCUGGCUCUCACAGACCUGUAACUUCUUCUUUAAGAGGCUCCUCUGUCCUCCACUCGUUACCUGUAUUAAUGGCACCUGUUUGAACUUGUUAUCAGUAUAAAAGACACCUGUCCACAACCUCAAACAGUCACACUCCAAACUCCACUAUGGUCAAGACCAAAGAGCUGUCAAAGGACACCAGAAACAAAAUUGUAGACCUGCACCAGGCUGGGAAGACUGAAUCUGCAAUAGGUAAGCAGCUUGGUUUGAAGAAAUCAACUGUGGGAGCAAUUAUUAGGAAAUGGAAGACAUACAAGACCACUGAUAAUCUCCCUCGAUCUGGGGCUCCACGCAAGAUCUCACCCCAUGGGGUCAAAAUGAUCACAAGAACGGUGAGCAAAAAUCCCAGAACCACACGGGGGGACCUAGUGAAUGACCUGCAGAGAGCUGGGACCAAAGUAACAAAGCCUACCAUCAGUAACACACUACUCCGCCAGGGACUCAAAUCCUGCAUUGCCAGACGUGUCCCCCUGCUUAAGCCAGUACAUGUCCAGGCCCGUCUGAAGUUUGCUAGAGUGCAUUUGGAUGAUCCAGAAGAGGAUUGGGAGAAUGUCAUAUGGUCAGAUGAAACCAAAAUAUAACUUUUUGGUAAAAACUCAACUCAUCGUGUUUGGAGGACAAAGAAUGCUGAGUUGCAUCCAAAGAACACCAUACCUACUGUAAUGCAUGGGGGUGGAAACUUCAUGCUUUGGGGCUGUUUUUCUGCAAAGGGACCAGGACGACUGAUCCGUGUAAAGGAAAGAAUGAAUGGGGCCAUCUAUCGUGAGAUUGUGAGUGAAAACCUCCUUCCAUCAGCAAGGGCAUUGAAGAUGAAACGUGGCUGGGUCUUUUAGCAUGACAAUGAUCCCAAACAGGGACGGCUUGUUCAAUAGGGCGAUAUGGGCGACGCACUGCCAAACGGGAAAAGGAAGGGAUUUUUUUUCUAAUCAAUUAUAUCACGGCAACAGCAGUUAUCAGUGUUCACGUCUGAUCUGCCAGCCACUAAAUGUCAAAUCAGGCUAAAGUCGUGCUUCAAAUGGCCCCGCCCGUUUUUGGGGCGAUUUCAGUCAAGUUGAAAAUCGCCCAGAAGUCUCUCAUAGCCUGUCAUGUAAAAUCUAUUUUUUUCACAUUUCAAAGCUUUCAAUACAUUCUCUAUGGGUGUCUGUGGGCUUGCACUUACGCGCUUUCGUCAUACGUGACGUAACGUUGAACGUAACUAAGACAAUGGCGGCUAGAAGCGUCUCUGUUGCGACCUGCAGUGCGGCGUUAUUUUAUGUUUUUAAUUUGUAGACUUAGUUUACAAACAUUCUGCCAACCAUGGAUUUCCAGUGGUUGGUUUUGGACUGAUCUUGUUGAUCGUGUACAUACCCGCUACGAACGGACUAAAUAAUGAAAACGCUGCAGGCAGCUGAAUCCCAAUACAGCUGGGAGACUUGGCUGGAUGAGUCCCGGACAGAGAAGUGGAGCCGGCCACCUUCACCCUGGUCAGAGUGGACCGCGAUCCUGGUAAGAGAGCGACUCUGUACCCCGACAUUGAACUGCUUUCUGUGUCAUUGCGACCUUACUAUCAAUUCAAUUCAAUUUAAGGGCUUUAUUGGCAUGGGAAACGUGUGUUAACAUUGCCAAAGCAAGGGAAGUAGAUAGUAAACAAAAGUGAAAUAAACAAUAAAUAUUAACAGUAAACAUUACACUCAGAAGUUUCAAAAGAAUAAAGACAUUUCAAAUGUCAUAUUAUGUAUAUAUACAGUGUUGUUACAAUGUGCAAAUAGUUAAAGUACAAAUGGGAAAAUAAAUAAACAUAAAUAUGGGUUGUAUUUACAAUGGUGUUUGUUCUUCACUGGUUGCCCUUUUCUUGUGGCAACGGGUCACAAAUCUUGCAGCUGUGAUGGCACACUGUGGUUUUUCACCCAGUAGAUAAGGGAGUUUAUCAAAAUUGGGUUUGUUUUCGAAUUCUUUGUGGAUCGCUGUAAUCUGAGGGAAAUAUGUGUCUCUAAUAUGGUCAUACAUUUGGCAGGAGGUUAGGAAGUGCAGCUCAGUUUCCACCUCAUUUUGUGGGCAGUGUGCACAUAGCCUGUCUUCUCUUGAGAGCCAGGUCUGCCUACGGCGGCCUUUCUCAAUAGCAAGGCUAUGGUCACUGAGUCUGUACAUAGUCAAAGCUUUCAUUAAGUUUGGGUCAGUCACAGUGGUCAGGUAUUCUGCCACUGUGUACUCUCUGUUUAGGGCCAAAUAGCAUUCUAGUUUGCUCUGUUUUUUUGUUUGUUCUUUCCAAUGUGUCAAGUAAUUCUCUUUUUGUUUUCUCAUGAUUUGGUUGGGUCUAAUUGUGUUGUUGUUGUUGUUGUUGUUGUUGUCCUGGGGCUGUGUGGGGUCUGUUUGUGUUUGUGAACAGAGGCCCAGGACAAGCUUACUUAGGGGACUCUUCUCCAAGUUCAUCUCUCUGUAGGUGAUGGCUUUGUUAUGGAAGGUUUGGGAAUCGCUUCCUUUUAAGUGGUUACUGUCUGCCCCGUGAGUUCCCCCAAUUGUUUGUUACCGUUGUGUACUGUUGAUAAUCACAAGUUUACUGGAGAACUGAGACCAAGUAGAGACUUUGGACAGGGUGGAUAUGGUAUAAUAAAGGCAGUUUAUUCAGAGGUAAAGAUAUCUGGAAUCGCGUGCACGGACUCGUGCACGUGUGUAGGUCACCUAAAUCAUCAGAAAAAUUGCCCCUCCUGAGAAUUUUUUCAGGAGCCGCCACUGAUCCCAAACACACCUCCCGGGCAACGAAGGAGUGGCUUCGUAAGAAGCAUUUCAAGGUCCUGGAGUGGCCUAGCCAGUCUCCAGAUCUCAACCCCAUAGAAAAUCUUUGGAGGGAGUUGAAAGUCCGUGUUGCCCAGCGACAGCCCCAAAACAUCACUACUCUAGAGGAGAUCUGCAUGGAGGAAUGGGCCAAAAUACCAGCAACAGUGUGUGAAAACCUUGUGAAGACUUACAGAAAACGUUUGACCUGUGUCAUUGCCAACAAGGGGUAUAUAACAAAGUAUUGAGAAACUUUUGUUAUUGACCAAAUACUUAUUUUCCACCAUAAUUUGCAAAUAAAUUCAUAAAAAUCCUACAAUGUGAUUUUCUGGAAUUUAUUUUCUCAUUUUGUCUGUCAUAGUUGACAUGUACCUAUGAUGAAAAUUACAGGCCUCUCUCAUCUUUUUAAGUGGGAGAACUUGCACAAUUGGUGGCUGACUAAAUACUUUUCUUCCCCACUGUACAUGACGUAUGUCAUAUUGUUGUUUCCCUUGGUUUAAUGCUAACAUAACUUACGUUGCCCAUGACAGCCACUCGUCCAGUGAGUACUCUGACUGGACAGCGGACGCUGGGAUUAACCUGCAGCCCUCCACUCCCGUGUCAUCACGGAAACGAGUUCGCCGCCAUCUUAGCAGCUCGGAGGAGGAGGAAGAGGAGAAGCAGCAGCAAAGUGAGGAUGAAGAACGACCUCAGACUAGCAAGCAGAAAUCCAAGAAGCCCAAAAGCAAGACAACCAAGGUUAUCCGCUGUACUAACCUGCAUAUUUUGUUUGUCAAUGCUUGCAUCCUGCUAUGGUAUGACAAAAUGUAGUUUCACUUCCCUAUUGAAUAUUAAAUAAAUCUUACGUAAUUGUUCAUUUGUAUCACAGCGGCCUAAAGCCAGGCCGUCGAUCAACAGAGAAGUCUCCAACGAGUUCAGACCGUCAACGUGGAUCACUGAUGUCAUUCCCAGGAAGUCGCCCUUCGUUCCCCAGAUGGGUGAUGAGGUACGUGGCUCUGUCUGGACCAUAUGUCUCCCCUACUGUGUUGUGUGCAUCUCUGGGGUCUAAAUCAGAGGAGGCUGGUGGGAGGAGCUAUAGUAAUGGCUGGAAUGGAAUAAAUGGAACAUUAUCAAACAUAUGGAAACCACGUUUGACUCUGUUCCAUUUAUUCCAUUCCAGCAAUUUCAAUGAGCCCGUCCUCUUAUAGCUCCUCCCACCAGCCUCUGGUCUAAUUACUGUUACCCUCUCUCUCCCUCAGGUCAUCUAUUUCCGCCAGGGUCACGAGGCGUAUGUGGAGGCGGUGAACAGGAACAACUUGUACCCCAUUAACAUGGAGAAACAGCCCUGGAGGAAGAUGGAGCUGAGGGUAAGAACAUCAUGUCCACUCCAAACUAGGAAAUUGAUGAAUCUGUCUUCCACUGAUGCAGUAGAAAAUGGGUUAGUGUGUUAAGAUGACCUGUGUCUAAAAGGACAUUGUUGAAGAGUAACUUGAAGCUCUCCUUCUCUCUACAGGACCAAGAAUUUGUUAAAAUAACUGGGAUCAAGUAUGAAGUGUGCCCUCCGACACUGUGCCGCCUGAAACUGACGCUCAUUGACCACGGCACGGGCAAAAUCACAGACAAAUCAUUUUAUGUAAAGUAAGUGAUGCAACCGCUUCAAAGUGUCUAUAACAUUGAAGAUACAUGUACACAGAUAUUACCAGAGACAUUUGGUAACUUUGGACUUCUGUACGCCUCCCCUCAGGUACCAUGACAUGCCGGAUGUGAUUGACUUCCUCGUGCUUCGGCAGAGUUAUGAUGAAGCAAGCAGUAGAGUCUGGCAGCCAAGUAAGUUAACAAUGCAUCUCUCUUCAGGGGUUCCUCACACUACUCAAGGUCCAGUAACACAUUUCCUCCACCUAAAAUGGUAAUAUUCCUCACUGCAGAUGACAGAUUCCGGUCAGUAAUAGAUGAUGCCUGGUGGUUUGGGAUCAUUGUCUGUCAGGAGCCAUAUCAGCUUGAAUAUCCUGACAGUCAUUUCCAAUGCUUCAAAGUCAGGUGAGAAUGUGUUAAAGUGCUAGUAUGAUUGGGUCUGCAAUGUUGGAAACCAGUGAAACCAGCGGUUGAUUGCAUGCUUCUAACCUGCUUGGUUUUGUUGUCAGAUGGGACAAUGGCGAAACGGAGAAGCUAAGUCCAUGGGAUGUGGAAGCUAUUCCAGAGGAUGGUAAUUUAACAGACUCUGUUGUUGUAAAUGGGACAUUCUAGGACUUAGUACAGUAUUUGGUAAUGGACUGUAUGGUAACAAUGGUGUGUGUUUGUGUGCUUGUGUGUGCUCUUCAGCCCAGCAACCUGAGUCUGUAGGUGGAGGGGUUCCAGUGACGGCAGAGGAGAUGAGAGAGGUCAUGUAUAAACCCCAGACAGGAGAGUGGGGUGAGAGGAGCAGAGACGACGAGUGUGAACGCAUCAUAGCAGGCAUUGACCAACUCAUCACUGUCGGUAAGCACACUCACCACUGUACUUUGGUACUACAUCCUCCUCAGCAGACCUCGCAUUGUAUACCAUUCCUAGAUGGGCUAGUGAGGUUUAGAAUGUUUCAUUCACAGUACUUCUGUUUUUUUUCUCAUUGACAGAUAUUGUAGCCCCAUUCUCUGGCCCUGUGGACAUAGUUCAAUACCCAACCUACUGCACGGUGAUAGCCUUCCCCACAGACCUGGGCACAAUCAGACUGAGACUGAUGAAUAGGUUCUACAGGCGACUGUCCGCUUUAGUUUGGGAUGCCAGAUACAUUGUGCACAAUGCCCGGACUUUCAAUGAGCCAAGGAGCAAGAUAGCCCAUUCAGCAAAACUUAUAACAGAUGUCCUGCUAAAAUUUAUCAAGUGAGUUGUCCAAGUGUUAUUGAGCUCAAACUUAUACAGGUAAAUGUAUUUGUAUUUAACAACUUAUGUUGCCUUUUUAUUUCCUCAGUCGACCUAGCUGUACAGAUAUCAUGGAGAUCUACAAUGCUAUUGAAGACAUGGACUAUACAGAUGAGGUAAAUCAGGUUUGAUCAUCAAAUCAUUCAAACCUUGCUGUGUAACAUUUGGGAUGAACUGAUGUUGAUUUAAAUGUCUUUCCCAGGAACUGGAAGAGGCACCAGGCCCCUCUUCUGGACACAGACUGCGCCAGGUAAAUAAUGAAAGGUCAUGUAAAAUCAGCAAUGAAAAUUGAGGGAAGUGGCUGGGAUGUUAUCUUAUGUCUUAUGUGUCUUCCUUUAUCCCAGCGCUCUGUGGAGACGGUAUCUGACCGGGACUCCUGGAAGGGGCAGUGCAAGCGCCUGAUGAACUAUGUCUUUGAGUGUGAGGACUCCGAGCCCUUCAGAAAGCCUGUGGAUCCUACCUCCUACCCAGUAAGAGAACACAGAGUUCUACUGUAAUAAUGACUCUGGCUUUGACAGAACUGUUGAUCGAAUGUGACUCAUGUCUGUUUGCAGGACUACCUUAGCAUCAUUGACACUCCCAUUGACUUUGGGAUGGUGAAGGGGACCCUUGAGGAGGACCGCUAUGAAAACCCCAUGGAGCUCUGCAAAGACGCACGUCUGAUAUUUGCCAACGCUAAAGCCUUCACGCCAAACAAACGCUCAAAGGUAUUUCAGCUCUUGCAUUUCCAAACCAUACAAGCGAUUCCAGUGUAAGAAAUCCUUAUACCUUAAUCAAAAACUAGAAUUCAGCAAUCUUAUAUUAAGUUGAUUUUUCAUUUACAAUUUGACAUUGGUCAGGUUCUGGUUUGUCAUCAAUCUAGUGACUAGGACCUGAUGCCAAGUUGCUGUGCUCUACAGAUUUCUAUCUCCUCUGUCCCCAGAUCUACAGUAUGACUUUGCGGCUCUCUGCAUUCUUCGAAGAGCGAAUCAGAACAAUCAUAUCGCAAUACAAAACUGCCAUCAAGAGCAGCGAGAAGCUCCGCCGCAGCCAGAGGUUCCGGAAGAAGCUUCAGCACCACGAGUCUGCUGCACCCAGCACUGACACCACUAGGUAGGCCUCACUUCUACUGCCAACAGACCUCAUUGGGCUUAGGGAAAUGUACUUGUGUGGUCCACAGGACAUACAGCACUUCUAAUGAUAUUGUUCUUUCCCUUCAGUCAAAAGAGGACUGCUCUAAAAACUCAGGAAAAAGAAGCGGCGUCGACGACCAAAUCUACCUCAGCCAAAGUGUCUGCUCCUGAGAGAACCAGGAGGAGGAGCCACAGCAGUGACAGCUCAGGCCACAGCUCUUCUGAAGCCUCCUCAGGGUCAGACUCUGAGAUUGACAGUGAGUUAUAUAUGAGUGACUCUGAAGAGGAGAAACGACUGGGGUCCUCACGGCACCAUCACAGCAGAGAGACCAGGGGAACCAGAAGAGUCACCAGGAACAAUGGGGCAAAGAAGAAAAAAAGUGAGGAUUUCACAUCAUUUCGGCAGAAGGCAGAUAGCGAGACAUCCCUUAAUAGCUGUCCCUCUAAUAAAAUCCCUGUUUUUGAUCCCCCUUUAUUUCAGUUGCUGAGAGCAAGAGUGAGGAGGAGUCCUCCAAUGAGGGGGAGGAGAGUGAGGACGGUGAGAAGUCGUCCAACACUAUGUCUCGCCGAUUCCCCAGCAGGUCCAGCACCAGGCUAACCAGGAACAAUGCUGCUGCCUAUAGGAAGCAUACUAAACGGCCAGGUAAACACCAUCACACCAUAGAAGAAAAGGGGCAGAUAACUGCCCUUAUGGUCAAAGGUCUGAACUGUCUGUACAGAGCAGAUCUUUUUUUAGUUAUUAUGAUUAUUAGCCGUUAAAGUGUUGUUGCUGCUCUGUGUGUGUCCAGAGAGGGGUGCCCUGAUGAACGGUCACAGCAGAACAUUUGGGCGAGAGAGGCAGCGAGGCAGCGACUCUGAGAGAUCACCAUCCCAGGGUACAGACACUUACAGGGAUGAGGAGGAGAAUGUGGGCCGCAGGACACUGAAAAGGAAGACUGCCAGGGCAGCUGUCAACAAGAUGAAGCUUCUGGAAGCCUCUGAGGAAGACUAUGGUUCAGCCUCUGAGGAUGAGGACAAGCAUAGGAGGAAAAGCAGCCGCCAUGCGACCCGAGCCAGCAAACGCACUGCCGUGAUCCAGAGCAGCUCUGAAUCAGAGGAUCAGUCAUCAGCACAGAGUGAGCACCCAAUGUCAGCUUAGACUGGUUUGGAUAAACUAUUAUUGUUCAAGGAUCUAUUGUACCAGAGCCACAAAAGGGGGCAUUCUUUGAGAACAAAUUUCAACACUGUUAGGUAACAUACGCUUUCUCUCACCUAGGUUCUAAAAAAGGCAAGGAUUCAUCGGGUGAUUGGGAGAACAAUGAGGACAGUAUUGAGAGUGAAGCGUCAUCCUCUCGUUGCCAUCAGAAUGGAGAGCGGAAGAACUCCAGCAGCCGCAGGACAACCAGACAAGCUGCAGGGACAGUGGGUAAGGGUAAGAGCUACAGGCAUACUGUAAAUGCUUUCAGUCAUGGCUACUCACUCAAUUCAUUCAUUUGUUGCUGUAGUGUUAAUGUUUGUCUCUCUCUUUCAGAUGAUUUGUCUCAUGUAAAUGGGCACAGCACAAAACAUCAACAGGCUGACAGUAACUCUGAGAAAGAGGAGGAGGAGGAGGAGGAGAGCUCUGACAGUGAAGAAGAGGAGGAAGAAAAAGAGGAAGAAGCUAUUGUGUGUCAGAAGUCUUCCAGAAGCACGUCAAUUGCUGCAGUGAGCAAAAGUAGAACUUGCAUUACCAGUAAUGUGGCGGAAGAGAAGUCUGGCUCCAGAAAGAGACAACACACAACACGAGACCACAAUGCUCAAAAGCACCCUCACCAAAAUGGGAGAAAGGUGGAGAAAGAACAUCCUAAAGACUCUGAGAAAAAUAGUAAAUUACCAUCAAAAAGCAAAGAACAGACAUCUGCCUUAACCCACAAACAGGAUGGCCCUGAAUCAGAGGAACUCAGUGACACUCCAAAGAGAUCACGCUCUCGCAAGAAAAGAGUGAAGUCUGAAGAGGAGGAGGAGGAAGAGGAGGAAGACGAAGCUGACAGCAACCACUCAGAUGAUGAAUCUGAGGGAGAAUCCAAUAAAAAACCUCUGUUGCAAAACAACAAACCCAAAAGACAGAGUCGCAAUGACUCUGAUUCAGAGAGCGAGGAGGAGGAAGUUGUACCCAACAGGAGAGCAAGGAGGAAACUGCAUGCUUCCUCAGAGGAAGAAUCUGAUGGGAAGGAGAAGCAUAGCCCUAGCAGGCGGCCUUGCCUUCGAGCCCAACCAAAAAAGAAAUACAUCAAUGAAGACUCUGAGGAGGACUUGAACUCUGAGAUGCAAGGCAGUUGUAAGAAUGGGAAGAGCAAUGCUGUUUCAGAUAAAGGAUAUCAACGCAACCGAAGAAAAGCCUCCCCAGUUGCUACAAAACAACAGUCCUCUUCCAAGAGAAAACGCAUUUACACCUCAGACUCCUCAGACAACCCUGAUGAAAAGAAACAGUGCAUGCCCAAGGCUAAGAGCUACUGUGAAGGUCAGGACGAGAGGGAGACAAAAAGAUCAAGCUCCAAGCAUCCCAAGAAGGAAUCUCGAUCCAAGUCUGAACCCGAGGACGGUAAUAGUCAGGAAGACGCCUCUUCCCAAGGGUCAGAAGAUGAGAAGGAGGUUGAGUGUCCGAGGUGGAAGAGACAUUUGGCGCGACAGAAACGCAAGCGAAAGGAAAGCUGCAGCAGCAGUUCCCACAGUUCUGCUUCUGAAAGCGAAGAGGAGGAAGAGUCCUCUGCCUCUGAGAAGUCCUCUGCCAGCUCAGGGUCCCAGAGCAGUCCAAAGAGAAAAAGCCACAAGAGGUCAUGGGUCAGUGAAAAGGGUGCCGCCCACCACUCUCGACAACACCGGAGGAACGCCUCUGAGGCAGACAGUGACCAGUCGUACAGGGAACCCCAGAGAGGAGCGUGUGGAACGCGUAUCAAGACCCGAAACCGUGGUAAACGGACGGUGACGUAUCAUGACAGCGAAUGA